AUGAAGGCGUCGAUACUUUGGCUAGGUCGUCUCUGGCCACUACCAGUCCUCUUGAAGCGCAAGCGGAAAAUAAAAAAACUGGUUACGGAUGCCGCAGUACAUGACAAACAAUGCUCCCCAGCGCCAGGCCAUCUUCAAAGCCAAACCUCUCCACAGCCCGAAGAUCAUCUUCUGGCUGAGGAUCCACCGCAGCCGGAGUUGGUGGAGGCAGAAUUGCCAAAAAUUUAUCGUCUUAAUGAUGAUAUUAUUUACUACCUUGCUACUUCUAUUCUACCUCUGGAUGACGCAGCAGCUUUUGCACUCACCUGCAGAGCAACUUACCAGGCCACAAAUGGGAAGAAAAUCCUGCAGAAACUAAAACUUGAACCCGUUCGAUAUCGUGCACAAUUUCUACAGCGGCUGGAACUCGAUUUUCCAGGCCACGUCCUCUGCUAUCUUUGUGCGGAAUUCCAUAGUAGACUUUAUGGAACCUGGACUGGAACUGAACUGACGCGUUGUGACGGCAGAAGUAAGAUGCUAGAAAUUAGCAUGGGAUGGUCAUAUGUACGUUAUAGGCACGCAAAGGAGAUUGUGAAUCACUAUAGGCUAGGCCCAAGAUAUGGACGCAGUGAGGUUGAGCUUCUCCCUCUGGAGCCUCACGUCAAAUGGAGACCGGAUACCGAUAUCACGCAUAUAAUACAACUCAGCGUCAAAUGUCUUGAUAACAUAGGGGAUUUUGACUUGGUCUUUCGGCGGAAUGUAUGGGUGGAAUAUAAUUCUACACGUCCAGAAUCGAGAGACGCGGCAAUUUUCGCCUGCUAUUCAGAUAGCCUUCAUCUUUGGGUGGGAUACGAAGGAAAGGACUUGGAAAAGGAGCUGCUUCCGACAUGCUAUCGGUGUGAGAUGUGUGGCGCCGAGAGACAGUUUUCUGUUAACUAUUUACCGAGAAAGCCUGGGUAUGCAGUGCUCCGAAGCACCUUAUGGGAAAGUGUCGGGCAUUGUGAUAAUUCAAACGAUGGGCUGUGGGGGCAUAUAUGUCACGACGGGUUCCCGGCAACGAGGCAUGAGUACCUUCCUAUCAGUCAGUCAGAUUUGAUAUACCAGCGUGCCUUUAUCGAUGAGAUGCCUGCUAUUCCGUCGAAGGGAUUCCAUGAUACGUCAUUUCGAAAACUGGGCCCCUGA